AUGCUUGUGCUGGUGGCCACAGCUGCCAAGAUCGAGACGGUGGCCGAGACGGUGGCCGAGACGGUGGCCGAGAGGGUGGCCGAGACGGUGGCCGAGGGCAGCGGGGGAAAGGGCGACGAGAGCAAGGCACUGGAGGAGGCGGCCGAGGCGUUGCGAGAAGCGGCCGCGGCGCAACCGGCGUGUGUCAACAUCUCGACGUGUGAUGUCGAUCUGGCUCUCCGGCUGCAUCUGCAGCAACAGCCGAAGAACUGCCGGAGCCGCAGGCUGCUGAUUGUCAAUCUGCCGGUCGACGAUGGACUUGGCUCUGUGGUCAUGACGGUGGUAGGCGCGCUGGCUGAGGGCCUCUACUCGGGGCGGACGGUGGUGCUCGCGCCGCACGAUCUCGGGUACACGGGUGCGGUAAGCGGUCGCGCCAAUGCGACCGGUGAGUGGGCAUCGAUCUUCAAGCGCAUCUCGUCGUGCACCGUCCACGACGUCAGCGCACCCGAGUGGGUGGCACUCUCGCGGCAUCCGGGCCUCGACCACGCACGGGUCAAGUUUGCCGAGGUCCGUCGUGGCCUCCUCGCCUUUGCGCCCCUCGACAUCUACCGGAUUGUGGACCACGCGCCGAUCUGGUUUGCCUCGCGGCUGCUCGACUAUGUCUUCAAGUUUGCGCCCGGGCUCAAGGCCGAGAUGGAGCAGUUUGCACGGGUGCUCGAAGCCCAUCUCCCGGCCGGUCCGUCGUCGUGUGUCUCGGUCCAUGUCCGCCGCGGCGAGCUGGCGUCUGCACCUGGUCGUUUUGCCGACUUCCGAUCCGUCUACGACAACGAGGCUUAUCUCGCGGCGGUGGCUCGCGCAGUCGGGCCGGCCACCUCUGCCGUGGUGUGGGCGUCGGACACGGGCGCGUCGCUGCCAGCGACAGUGGCUGCGGUGGCCGAGGGUGAUGCGCGUGUGCCGCGGCGGCCGGGUGAGCCGGGCCACUUUCGGUUUGCGCAUCUCUCGUCGGACGCCGGCCUGCACACGCUCCUCAAGACCAGCGAGAACGAGACGCUGGAGGCACAGCGAGCAGCAGUGGCGGGCGAUGUGGGCGCUGGCGAGUUUGCUGUCCGCGUGACGACCGAGACGCUGAAGGACAUGCUGACGCUCGGGGCGUGCUCGACCCAGGUCGGGACAGUCCAGUCGGCGAUGAGCGUGGUGGCGCAGCUGCUGGCGUACAACCGUACCGGCACGCCGCCGACGGUCCACUAUCUGGACGCCGAGGCCGUGGCCAACGGUGAGGUUGUCCACGGCGGGCUCCGGUCUGGGAUCAUGAUCGACCCUGCGUCGCAGGCGGGGCGAGUUCCGCCGCCGCGGGACGGGGUGGCCACACGGUGGCGGACCAUCUCGAUGCGGUUCGGCAACGGGCUGGUGCAGCCGCGGCUGGAGGCUGACGUCGCGUCGCUGGUGACGUACGAUGGCGCUUCCGGACUCCCUCGCGUCAAUCUGACCGCGGUCGACGCUGCGGUAGCGCGCGACGACCUCAACGGAACGCAACGGUACCGCGAGCUGAAGGAGCUCCCGGCCAUGGGUGGUAUGUUCUACGACAUCUCGCCGCUCUGUCCGUGGGACGAGCUCCUUGCCGCCACCGACUCGCAGGUGAUAGAGGUUGUAGCGAGCAUCGAGGCCAUGGCUGACUACUGGUCGGAUGUGACGGUGCUGGCGUGCGUGGAGCACAUGGCGUCGGUGCUGGUCACCACCGAUGCGCCUAGGCGCGGCUCGGACCUCUUCCCGCUCUUCCGCAAGCUCGUCCAGCUCUCGGGCCUCGUCCGCAGCGAGCCGGUCUCUCUCUGGCCUUGGUUUGCCAAGGCGGUCGCCGACAGCUGGGAUACUGUCAGUGACGAGCUCCCGCUCCUUGCCAAGGUCUUCCACGCCAUCAACGACCUCGCGGCGCCAAACGCGCUCGUCCGCGCGCGGCUCGAGCAUGCGUAUGCCGCCAGUGAACGCGCCAAGGAGAGCGCUGCCGCCGAGAGCAGUGCUGCUGCGACCGAGGCUGGCCAUGACGAGCUGUAA